AUGUUCCCUAAGAUGAUGUGGGCAGUUACUUUAUGUACUGUGCGUUCAGCCGCUGGCGAAGAUCAAGUAUGUUCGGAUGGUAUACUAGGCAGGCCACCACCGGAUUAUUCGCUCACCAGUCCGUGCCUACCACCCAACAGUCCCAUCGAACAGGACUGGCCGCCAGAACCGCCACCACCCUUCGACGGUUACCCUCCCUAUCCCGCCGGUCCACCUUUGCUUAAAAUUGCUUAUCCGAAAGAUAUCCCUGGGCCAACAUAUGCAUGUCCACAAUGUAGCGGAAAGUUUCUGGCAAGUUUCCUUUUGUUUUUCUGUUUCCACAAGGCAAAUCAAAAAGAUCCAUUUGUUUGGAAGUGUUAA